AUGACAAGUCGCUUGAUUUCGGCGCUGGUGCUCGGUCUGGGCGCGACUGGUGCCGUUGCAGCUCCCAACACCAAGCGGACUUCCAGUCACGCGCCUCAGCUUAAGAUCAUCUCCUACAAGGAGACGCCCAAUGGCUUCCGCAGCGCUGCUCGUGGUUGGAACUCGUUCGGCAUCCAGGCGAACCCGCUGACCACCCCCGGCUGGAAGUUCGACCAAGAGCACGUCAUUGAGCAGUGUGACCAUCUCGCUGGCCUCCCCGGAUACGACACCUGCAGCCUGGACUCGGGUUGGUCAGUUGGCGGAAACGGCGACGAUUACGGCCGCAUCAUGUACGAUGAGGACAACUUCAAUAUCCCCAUGCUGGCGGAUCAUCUCCACAGCAAGGGCCUCAAGCUGGGCGUCUACAUUGUGCCCGGCGCGUUCCUGCAAGACGUCAACAAGACAAUUAUCAACACGGAUGUCAGGAUUGGCGACGUGUGCCAUGGCGACGAGGGCCUUGUGCGAUGCAUCUUUGACUACACACAGCCGGCCGUGCAGCUCUGGCACAACUCCUGUGCCGACCUGUUUGCCAAGUGGAAGGUCGACUUCGUCAAGCUCGACUUUGUAACGCCAGGCUCACCAGACAAUGGCCAGCAUCUGCCUGCUGACGGCAGCGGCUCCGUCAUUGCGUGGCACAAGGCCAUCCAGCAAAGCGGCCGCAAGAUGCGCCUGGACAUUUCCUGGAAGCUCGACCGGACGGAGAAGUACUUCAAGAUCUGGAACGAGAAUGCCGACUCCAUGAGGACCGACCAGGACCUCAAUAACAGCCAGCAGCCAACCUUUGUGUCGUGGGAGGUGGUCCAGCGAGCCUUUGACAACUACCGACAGUGGAUCGUUGCCGGUCUGCAGUAUUUCGACCACCUCAACAUCUAUCCCGACAUGGACAACCUCCUCGUCGGCAACAACGCCUCCGUCUCCGGCAUCACAGACGCACAGCGGCAGACGGUCAUGACACACUACAUCGGGGCGGGCGCCAACCUCAUCAUCGGCUCCGACCUCACCCACCUGGACAAGUUUGGCCUCAACCUGCUCACCAACAAGGCGGCUCGCGACGUUGCCGACUUCACCGCGCAGUACCCCAUGCAGCCACGCAACCCCGGCACGGGAGGCCAGGACGCCAAGCAGCUGCAGGCCUGGAUCGCGGGGCCCGCGCCAACCGGAAAGGCCGUCGUCGUCCUCGCCAACUACGGACCCGAUCUCGGCCAGGGGGGGUUCGGCGGCACCAGUUCUGCCGAGCAGUGGGUUUCGGCUUCCUGGGAGGACCUGGGCAUCAAGGGAACCUAUCGCGUCCACGAUGUCUGGAACAACAAGGACCUUGGCAAGCAGAAGAGCGGCGUCAAGGCCAAGCUGGGACCUGGUGAAAGCGUCCUGUUGACCCUGACUCGGGCAUAA